UACGGAGGCUGAAUCCAACAAUGUGAUAGGUAGAAAGCUUACUUCUAUUGAGAAUCUAUUCAUGAUGUAUUUAUGUAAGUAAAUAGCAAAUUGCGAAUGAUCGCGUAUUUCUAACAGUCGUAAAUGCAACUAUACAUUAUUUUGCAUAUACGAUACAAUACAUGAUUUAUACCGUAUGCUUUGGCAGUGACAGUUGAAAAAAGAUAGCAAAAAUAAUUGUAUGCGUAUAUAAUAUUGUAAUACUGCCUUACAUAGAACAGAGAACAUAAUAUUGCAAACAAGAAUAGAAAUCCUGUUAUGGAAAGUGUGUGUGGUCAAUCUUAAGUACAAAAACUGGAUAUGCUUAGACAAUAUACAAAUUGUAAUUUAUCUGUAAAACAAAUUCGAUUUGUAUUAUAUCCUUAUAGUAGACUGAUGCACUCUAAUAGAAGCAAUAAGAAUGAAUUACACGAUAAUUAUGCCUAUAAUAAUUAUAUUUUGAAAAUAUUAAAUGAUGAAACAAUUGAUUAUUUUAAAAGGUAUCGGAUCCCUCAAUCGCUUGCAAUUAAAUUGCACUUAUAUCGUGAUAAAUAUGGUUCAUAUAAAUCAUUAAAAGAUAUAUUAGAAGUACAAGAUAUGACAAAAGAAUUAUUAAAUAUAUUUAUACAAUCAAUUAUUAAUGAUAAGCAGUUUAAAAUAAUGUGCAAUUUUAAAAAAUCAAUUAUUUUGCCUUUGGCAGAUAUCCCACAAGAUCAAAUAUCUACUAUAUUGGGAAUUCAUAUAGGAACAAAUAUUAUUAGUUGGACAUUACUUGAAUCUAAAGAAAAUGUAUUGGACUGGAAUUAUGAAAAUUUUUUACAAAUUCCAAAAAAUGAUGAUACUUUCGAACUAUUUAAUUUGGCUUGGAAAUUGAAGUUUAAAAUUCCUAAGGCUGAUGUUUAUGUAAUGGAUGAAUUGAAUUUCAAUUACAACAUGUCGAAAUCUGUAAAGUAUAUACGAACAUUUUUACAGAAAGAAAAAUUGAAAGCAAUGAUUUUAGCUUUCUUAUCAGAAAAAAAUUUAUCAAAGGUUUUUAUGUUGAAAUUAGAAAAUAACGAAAUUUCAUCACUCCCAAAGAAUGUUUACCUCCUGAAACAUGAGAAACUUGUGAAACUGUUUGACCUUUAUAUAGGUAACGAAAUAAUAUCUUCUAAAAAUGUAAUUAAUAGAUUAUUAUGUGAAGAAGAUUGCAUAAAUAAUAAAGAAAAAGAUCCUGUUGGUGUAUAUAUACAGAGGGACAUAAUGCAUAGAUAUAACAACCAAGUAGAUUACAUAAAAGAUCAAAUGAAUUGGUCUUUAUUGAUUGCUUUAACGUUCUUACAAUUAGGUGUUCUUGGAAAAUAUGAUUAUGACUUUGUUUAAGAUUGUGAAAAUGGCAAAAAAUUAAAGAAGUAUUCCAUUCCAUAACUUUUCUUUUCUAUUUCGAAUCGUUUUAUUUUAUUGUAAUACUGAUAUGUAUGCAGCAAUUAUACAUGCAUAUGACAUGUAAAGUUUUCAGAUACUGGAAAGAACUAAAAAUAAUUAUUAAGUAUGAAAAAUAAAAAGCAGAGUAUUAAAUACGUAUACAAUAAAACACAAAAGGUCCAUAAGUAAAAUAGAAGAUGCUGUGAUAGCAUAUUGGUCAAUAUUUUACUAUUAUAGUUCCACAAAUUGAGCAUCUGCAACAUUAUUAUUACUUACAUAGUUCAGAAUCAUGAUACAAAAAAAUUGUAUAUAUUAAUUAUCUAUAAAAAAUUAUCAGCAUAAAUAUAAAGUUUUAUGUAAAAACAUGUUAAAGAAAAUAAGACUGAUCUAUAAGGAUCUAAUUAAAAAAAUUUCAUUUCAACCUGGAUUACUGUAAACAAUGUGACAGCUAUACUAUGCUAUCUGAUUAUUAUUUCAUUUUUGUCCAUUCAAUAAUAUAUAUAUUCUUGGAUUCUACUUACGUCAUUAUCCAUUGAUUUAUCAUAUUGACGAAAACAUGAGAAGUUUGCUCAUUCAGUAGACACAUAAGCAUAUUCUUGAGAUUCACAUCUUUUUGAUAUUAGUAUAAUAUCAAAAAUUAUUAUGUUAUAUAAUAAAUUUUCGAGAGAUACCUUUUUGCAAAGUAAAAGAAAUUGAAAUUAGUAUAUUAAUUGCUGAAAAUCCUGAGCUAAAAAUUCAUUAACUUAUCAUCUAGGUCUACGGACUGUGACUCUACAAGUCUCUUUAUUUUUUAGCGAAUACUUUAUUCGACUUUUCUCUUUCAAAAGCAAUAAUUCUAUUGAGACUUCUCUUUUAUAAAUUCAAAUUGAUUAAAUAUUUAAGUGAUAGUUAUUUAAAAAUGUAAAGCAAACUCUCAGACGUUCCUUCUUACAAAUGAGUAUUUUAAUUAUUAUUAGAAAAUCAUGCAAAGUUUCGUUUGUAAUCCAGAGACUAUUCAUUGCGAAUGUUUUCUUGCUCAUUAUUUAUUAGAAUUCAUUAAUAUCGAUUUUUUACUAUUUUCGCGCGAGAAAAAUAUGUAACAAUAAAAUAAAAUAUUCGAAAUUUAAAAUAAUUAUAAUUAACGCGUUUGAACAAGAAUAUCAUUCAAGAAGUUUGUACAAGAAAUCAUUCACGGAUAAAUCUCCAGAGAAAUUUACUCGUGGUCACUCAAUGCUCUUCUAUUAAUUAAUUAAAGCCAAUCACUCGUGCCGAUUCAGAUCUUUCAUCCUCAACACGAUUGAGUGAUCGGAGGGACUUAAAAAUUCACUUACUACUUAAGAAGUUCUGCGAUGGCUCCAAAACACUCAUCCAGGAUUUAAGUGGAUCGAAAUUAGGGAUGGAUGGUUGAAAAUAAGAUAGCUGGUUGAAAAUGAGAUAGGUCGACAUCAAAGUUGAUCGAGAUCCUCUUGAAUGAUGCACUGUCUCUAAUUUGCGGUAGUUAUUUAUUAACGGACGAUCAUUGAAUUUAUUUCACGUAACUCUACUAUCUUUUAUAAAUACAGUCUGUGCGACUGUUAAAAAAGCAAAAUAAUUUACAAACAAACACUGACUCUAAUGACUGCAUUACGCGCAGUCGAUGCAAAACUACUUGUUGUUUAAAUUGCGAAACGCGGAUGAACAAACACUGCUUUUACUUCGCGAACUUUUUAUUUUAGCGGAACAAACAAUCGAUUACUUCAUUGUUACGCGCGCAAUUGCUGGAAUAGAAAAAUGCAAAGAAAGUUAUUAAUAUCAUUCUUAUAACAAGAAAGUAUAUGAAUUAUUUAAGAAAUAUAUGAUAUAGAAAUAUACUUCCUUUAUCUAUGAGAUGAUUAAAUGAUGAUACGGAAAUAGUGUAUUUCGACGUUUACUCCUCGGAGUACGAAAGGAAACUGACCUUGUCGCUCUCAUGAUUCUUCUAAUGUUUAUUUUUGUUGACAUUAAACUAUCGACACAUGUUGAAAGAAAAUUAUUCUAAGUCCAAUGCGUCUUAAAGGCUAUGUUCAACAUUUAAUUCUAUUUAAAUAUUCAAUUAUAUUUUUACUAUAUUUAAUGCGUGUUUCGAGCUACAUAAUGUUUAAAUGAACGUGCUAUUGUUUAAAUAUUAUUUAAUUAUAAUCCGUGUACGUUUUAAAUUGUUUAAAUAAUACUAAAAUUAUCAAAAUUGUGAUUUAUUUAAGUUUAACUGGAAAGUUGGAUGGGAAGAGAGAAUUUCGAUGGUUACUCUUUGGAAGGCAAAAUAAAACAGUUUCGAUAAUCAUCAAAAUCAAUCUGUCGUUCGUUUUUAACGAUAUUACAGCCAACAAUUCCGAGAUUAAAAUUAAUGUGAAUUUAAUAAUAAGUUAAAAUUAUUGUAUGCUUUACGCGUGUUACGAACAAUGUAAUUGUUCAAAUAUAAUUAGACAAAUGUAUUAUUAUUUAAAUAUUAAUAUAUUAUGUUCCAUAUUUAUUAUACAUUGUUUAAAUAAUUAUAAAAUUAUCGAAAGUAUAAAUUAUUUA